UGGAAGCCUCGAUUUGACUGCAGAAAAACCACAAGUGCAUUGACGUCAUUGACCUACUUUUAAAACCGAUCGAAAUUCCCAGGGAUUUUUAGUUUAAUAUGCGGAAUUUAGAAAGUGAUUCAAUAUUAAACAUACACCAACAUUAAUGCUGACUUUCUACACAUCGUUUCAUGACAUGGAUAUAACAGAUCCUUAUUCCAACGGUUCGUAAUUUGUGGGAACCCGAAAAGUGAAUCGUUAUUCCGUCUCGCUAAUGGUCGCCAUUUGGGAAUGCCACGUAGAAGAAACCUAUCGGCUUCGCAACAGAAACGUCCUCUUGAUGAAGAAGUUCCCAGUUUGUCUCCAAAGAAACUCAAAGAGGAUAUUGGUGUUGCCAAUGAGGAUAAUGGUGUCAUCAUAGCAGCUAGCCAAUCAGAUGAUAGGAUUAGAGGUGACACAUCAGUUAAAGAUGAACAAGGAGUUGUAUGUGGAACUGUAGACAAAGAACAAGAUGCCAAGGGAGUUAACUCUGAGAGUGAUGGGGAAACUGAAUCAAGGGAGAGAAGUCUGUCAACAUCAUCAACUUCAGAACAGAGGCAUAGAUCACUGGAAGCUCUUUUCCAGGUUACGGAUACAGAAUUACAGGCGAUAUCAAAACAAGGUCCUGACGGACAUCAUGUAGUACAAAUAGAACACGACAAUGAGGAGGUAGAGACAGUGUACGUGAUAGAUCCGGGAAUCCAGGAGAGAGAAGAGUUGGUCGGUGAACCGGAGGUUGUUCAUGAAGAAGUACAUAUUCCAGCAACUGUUAGCCCAGAGUCAGACAAUGAAGGGGACUUGGCCAUCCAUAAAAAAAGAGCAAGUUUGUCACAGAGUCAUGGGUCAUCAAGUACACAACCUUCAACAUCAGCAGAAGAUGAAGAGUCUGUUGAGACACCAAAAUGGCGGCAGUUCAAAAACAUAGAGAGAAUCCUACAGAAUGCUGGGAUCGACACUUCGUCUAAGACGUGGCACACUUUAACACGGCCAGGUCGGCAUAUUUGUCCCUACUGCCAGCGAGCUUGUACGAAACCCAGUGUUUUGGAGAAGCACAUUCGAGCACAUACGGGAGAACGCCCUUAUCCAUGUCAGGUGUGUGGAUUCUCUUUCAAAACUAAAAGCAACUUAUAUAAACAUUGUAAAUCCCGUGCACACACUCUGAAGACAAAUGUUGAAGCUAAAAAAAUGAGAAGUGGAAGCUAUGUGCCGGCUCAGGGAUUAACGGAGGGUACCGGUGAUGAAACUGACUUACAGUCGAUAGAGGGUGGUGAAGUUAGUGCUAACCAGUAUAUGGACCUGGAGAAAAAGAAAAUGGAGCCUGCUCAAAGGCAUGUGAUACAGGAAGUAGUAAAAUAUCUAGAGAAAGGCAAAGGACAAAGACCUAGUGAAGUGCAGACGGAAAGGCAAAGAGCAAAGUUAGAAAGAUUAAAAUCUGUACAAGAGAAGAGCUCUUCUGAUUUAAAGAAAAUAGAUGAUGUGAAAGCGUUUCAGAGACAAUUAAGUUUACCAGUUCUUCCAUCAAACUACGUGUCAAAAGGAGGAGCUCAUUUCCAGAAAAUUGCACCGAAAAUGUUUGAGACUGCAGAGAGUGGUGAAGUAAAAAACGUUGCUAAAAUUUUGGUACCGGGAAGUUUUCUCGUAAAUGAAAAAGGUGACAUUAUACAAACGUUAUCAAAUGUUGAAAAUCCAGAUCCAGGUGGGGAUCAGCGAGAAUUAAGUAAAUCUGAAACCGAAGCCGAGUCUUUAUAUUAUAAUCAGAUAGAAAUCGUAAACUUACCAGAUCCUGAUACCGACCCUGAAACCUCUACUAAAGCAUUGCAUGACCUUGAAGAACUGAGCGAAAAGUUUUCAAAAGCAGCAAAAGACGGGUUACGACUGUCAACAGCUGUUCAGAGUCUUCCUGAUAAACGCGUACAAGUUGUUUUACAACUCCAGCAUCCAGGCAUGCAGACUACUCAGAAAUCUUUUGGCAGCAGUGAAGAACGUCCUGCUACACCAGUGUUGUCAAAAAGUAUUUCAUCAAAUGCACUUAAAGAAAGAAUUCAAAAACUUAUAUCUGCAAAUGCUGCUAUUGUUGAUACCCCAAAAGUUGAACCUCCGAGAGCAAAGUGUAUUAAAAGAAAUAUGUCACGGCAAGAUAGCGAAACUCCACAAAAUAUCCAGUCAGAAACUGAGUCAGCUGUGACAGGUCUUCUUAUGCCGAAUAUUAACUCAGUUCCAUUACAGCCAAUGGCAUUGGAAGGUGAACUUUUUCACCAGAUAAGUACCGAAGGACAAGGAGGAGUUUCAAAAAAGAAACAAAGUAAGAAUCUUAUAGUAGAAAGGAUGGAGUACGAGGGUGAAAACGUGCUUAUUAUAAAUAAUGAAACUUCUGACGAUGAUGACGAAUCGUAUGAAAGUCCGGGGAAUGUCAGAAAAGAUAUUGUAAAAGGUGGUAAUGGAAACUUCCAUGUUGUUGUCUCCACUGGAAGUACAGCUGUCGAGCCAGGUAAAAGUGUUGCAGAGCUUACUGCUAAAAAGCUAACAAGCCACUUUUCUGGUAAAGGUUUACGAGAAGGCCUAGAAUUGCCUCUGACAACAACAUAUUUACCAGUUGUAAGUUCUGGUGGUAUAGUUUCUCACUUAAAACAGAGUCUGCUUACUAUCAGCUCUUCCAUGGCAAACCAGGCUGCCUCUGUUGUCAGAGGCCAUAAGCCUACUUCUUCUGUUAUCAUGUCACCAAUGACGGUUUCUUCAUCCCCACAAACACCUGGUCAGAUUGGUAAAAUGGCUUUGAAAAAUCUUCAAAUGAAAUCCCGUAGCUUAUCUGUAUCAUCAGCUGCAGCAUCACAUACACCAGUAUUGUCCCAGUCAACUUUUCAGAUUGCAGGUCAUUCAGCUGCCAAGUUGGCAAGUCAGUCUGUCAGCCCAGCAACAGCUUCAUAUUCUGUCAGGACACCAAGUCAGGUGUCUGUGCAGUAUACUAUUCCAUCUCAAAGUCAGGCAAGAUCACAUUACACAGUUCAUUCACAGGGACAAACACCUGUCCAGUAUACAGUUCAAACACCGGGUCAUGUUCAAGCACAGUACACAGUCCAUACCCCUGGGCAGGGACCUGUGCAAUAUUCUGUUCAGACACCUGGGCAAGCACCUACUCAGUACACAAUUCAAACGCCAGGUCAAACUCCCACACAGUACACAAUACAGACUCCAGGGCAAGCACCAGCUCAGUUUAUGGUUCAGACACCUGGUCAGCCACCAGCUCAGUAUGUUUUGCAGACACCAACCACCCCAGUUGCACAGGUUUUACUUCCAGGAUCAAAUGUUCCAGUGUUAUUACUUGGUGGUUCCAGCGGAAGUGCCGUUCCAUCCAUCCAGCACGAUCAGCAGACGGUGAUAUUGCAACAGACACAGCAACAGAAUAGGACACCAGUUGUCAUACAAACUCCAGUCAAAACACCAUCUCAUCCAGUUGCUAGCAGCCUUCCUAGUCAGGCAUAUUUAGUCCAUGCUGAUGUGCAAGGACAUUCUGGGUCUCAAACACUUUUCACUGGUCAACAGUUUUCUGCUGCUGUUUCUACACCAAAGAGUUCAGUAGCUGUUGUUCAGUCUCCACUUUCCUUGCAUAGCAGUCAGUCUGAUCCAAUGAAAAUUUUAUCCUCAAUUGUUUCCAACACAGUCAAUCAACAAAGAGUUCAAAACCAGUCAAAACUUUCAGCACAUCAACCGAAAGAGAUCAAGAUUGAAAUAAAACUUCCACCACCUUCUCAAAAUGUUUUACCUACUCCACAAGGAAGUGUUGCAUCUGCUAAUCCUAAACCCAAACCACCCCUGAAACGACAAAAUCCAGUCUCUGUGGUACACAGUCCACCAAUUUUGGCUGCUUCUCCAGUUAUGAGCUCUCAGAAACCAGUUUUCAGGUUUAAAAAUGUAGCAACCAGUCUGAUGUCUGUCAGUAAAAUCAGCACGCCAACCUUGGCAUCGCCUGUCAUUAGACCACAAAUAGCAUCAAUAAGAAGCCUUGGCCCAGCUUUAACAUCACAAGCUACUUCGAAACUUCCACAGACAUCAGUUAUAAAAGAGUUUUUAUUGCGAGGAAAAUCCCCAGGGGAAAGCAUAUGCGAUAUAAUUGAUAAAAAUAGAUCACCUUCAGCUGAUAGGAGGCAAGUUUUGUUCUUUUGUCCACACUGUCAUAUUUCUUUUAAAAAGAAAGAGACUUUGGAUCUUCAUGUUUUAUACUAUUGUAAGAGAGGGAACCAGUCGGGAGAACCAGCAGAGAGGACUGGUUCUCUAGCAAGUACAAAAAUGCAGACAGAAAUAGUUUCAAAAUUGUUUAGCCAGCCUGGAGGAAAACAAGUCAUUGCUGCAAAUAUGGCAGCUGAAAUUUCUAUAAACAAAGGAGAUGCAUCAUUAGGUAGAGAAAAGUCAAUAUUCAAAUCAAGGACAGAAAACUUAGACGAUUCUCCCACCAACAAGAAAAGAAAAUUUGAAAUACCUCUAAACAGGAGCAAAAGUGUAAUAAUACCACCAAGACGAAAAACUGUGCAAAUGCUUCUUGGUUCAUGCAAAACAAAAACUGAGGACAAAACUCAAAGGCAAGGUCUGGGUAAAAAGGACUUAUGGCAGUCAAAGUUGAAAGGUCAAAUAUUGAAAAGAAAACUGAAAGGAAAACUAUUAAUGAACAGGUCAAUGAGUGUUGAUAAUUCACUGCCCAAUAAGCCUAAAGAAGAGACUGAUCUUUUAAAAUCUGAAGUGAAAACCAGGUUUUCUGAGGACAACAUUUACAGAGACCCUAUUCCUGAGAAAAAACCAAGGCUAGUCCGUUCAUAUGAUGACACAAUUACGGGAGGAAUUUUGGUCAAGAGACCUGUAUUCCGACGCUCAAAGUCAGUACCAGAAAUACCCCACAAUGAUGAAGAAAGUUUUGAUGAGAAAGAUUCCUUUGAUAUGGUUACCGAAGAGGAAACAAAAGAACAAAAUGAGAUCCUGGCAGCGGAAAAGAAAAAAAGCUGGCAGUUGGAAACAAUUCCAGUUCCCAUAGUAACUGCUAAUUGUCUUGUAAACUCCAAUAGCUCUAUUAAACCAAUUUAUCAGCAGAAUUUCAGAAUGAAAAGUUUUGAAGGAAUGGGAACUCCAAUUCAGCUGGUGCCGUCUGCAACACUAACACCAAGACCGGAACUCAUGGAAAUUGAAAAAUUGCGUAAAAUGUUUUCCUUUGAGUCUGGAAGUUUAAAGCUUGUUCAGCCCAUUAACUGUGACAAUGCUUCACCUACAAAGUCACCAUUAAAAUCACCAUCUUUAAAAUUACCAGUGACUAUACCAGGUUCAGGUGCAAAUGAUGCUGGUAGUAAAACGCAAGUAGCUGCGUAUCAGUCCCCAAGUAAAAGCCCGAAAUCGCUCCCACUUCAGUCACCAUCUACACCCAAGAAGAGCCCGAGUGUACACCAGUUCUCACUUAUAGGACACACCUACCCAUCUAUGAGGAGCAUGACUCACCUGACAUUUUGCUGUGUUGAUCGUCUUCAACCAAGUUAUGUACGAUCAGGAAAGAAGGUGUCUAUGUACUCGAAUUGGAAAAUAGCUCAACAAAACACAAAUCCUCUUGGUUUAGCAACACGGUCCUUACUAUCACUAUAUAACUCCAGGUAUUCUACAAAUCCGGUUUGGGUAACCAAUUGCGGUGCUGAUCCACGCAGCGGUGCCAUCACUCACAGUAGCUACUGGAAAGUGAAACAAGGCGACACAAAUAUAGAUGCCAUCUUCUCACUCAUUGAUCUGACAGACUUUCCGUUAGAGAAGGAGAAGAAAUUUGAAGUGGGUUACAAAACAACAGAAGAAUCUGUUUACGUGAGAGGUCGAGGUAGAGGAAAAUAUGUCUGCGAAACUUGUGGAAUACGCUGUAAAAAACCAAGCAUGUUGAAGAAGCAUAUUCGCACACAUACAGACCUUAGACCAUAUAAAUGCAAACAUUGUAAAUUUUCAUUCAAAACUAAAGGCAAUCUACAGAAACAUAUGAAAUCCAAAUCUCAUUAUAAAAAGUGCUUAGAUCUUGGAAUAAGCCCUGUACCAACUGCAAUUGAUGAAUCUCAGAUUGAUGAAGAGGCUUUGCAGGCACAGUGUUACCUUUCAAAGAGGGCUAAAAUUGUCGACAAGGUGAACAAGUCAGUGGAGUCUGUGGAUAAAGAUACUAAUACCACGGAUGACAACGAUGAUGAUGAGGGUGAUGAUGAGGAUGAGAGUAAGGUUGAUGUAGAUGGUGAUGAAGAUGAUGACGAUGAAAACGUUGAUGAAAGUGUGAAUAGCAGUUUAGACAUGUCCAUUGAUACAGUCAAAGGAGAUGAUGAGCAAGCCGAUGAAAUGGAAAUUUACCAAAGUAUAAUUACACCAACCAAGCAGCCAAGUAUUUCUCAGACCCAGCAUAACCUGUUCUUACAGUCUCUAGGAAUCAUAGCUAAACAACAGCUUACUGGGAACCAGGCUGGUUCACCGUUACAGUUGACAUGUUCUAAAUCCUUACAGCUGCCCACUGUAACAAGUCUUGGAAUCAGUCUAGAUGGUCUGAAUCAUCUAGGAGCUCAGAAAUCUGUUUCGUCUGCUGGAUCUGUGUCAGAAGGCGCAAGCACAUCAAGUUUGAGUACUGUAUAUGGAAACUUCAGUCAUGAAAAUGAAGAUGAAGGAACAGUGAACAAGGACAGUGAUGUCAUUUGGGGUUUACUGAAUCUUUCUGACCAAUCACAUUCCUCCAUAGAUAGUCAAAGGAAAACGGAAACUUCUACAAGAUCAGAGGAUUCAGAAGAUCGUAAAAAUCAGGCAAUCACAAGUUCUGUGUCAGCUAAGAGUACAGAUGCUUAUUCCACUGAUGUCAUCGCAAAAAUGAAGGUCACACAAGCAUUGAGUUUUUUACCAUCAUACCUGAGUACAGCGUCUGGAAUAGCAAACACAUCCAAAUUAGGGUCGUCAAAGAGUGGUCCAAUCAUUGGGCAGAUCAUAAGGAAUAUCACUGCAACGCCAAAAGGGAAUUCUCAAGAUAAAACAAAGAGUAGCACAGUUUUUAUGCCAUUCCAGUUUCAACAUCCGUUUCCGGGGAAACCAGCUGUUGUCAUGUCAACAUCAGUUGCCUCAUCACCAAAAGAUUCAGGGGCUGAGGGAACUACUUUUUCUUCAGCAUCCACUGAAACUGUUAAUGAAAGUAUAAAAAGUAGUUCUCAAAAUGAAGUUAUGUAUGUACAGAUUGGUAAUACAAAAGGAGAAGUGGAUACUAUACAAGCUCAGAUUGUCAAUAUUGACCCUGAAGUGUUUAAAUCCAAAGACGGUGAUGGAUUCAAUAGUGGUAUUACUGAAAUACCUCUGGAGAAUGUUCUUCAGCUCCGAAAGGUAUCAGAAGGUUUAUAUGUUAUCACCUCUGAACCUGAGGCUGCUAAAUCAGACAAAACUUCACAGCAAAGAUCUACUCAACCCAUUGUCAAAGUGUCUUCUACUGUAGCAGGAAGGAAUCUGACAGGAAGUGCAGGUCAUGUGACAGGAAGUGCUUAUCCAAAGGGAAGUAGUGCUAAUGUAACAGGAAGUGCAAGUCAUGUGACCAGCUCGGAAGGUCAUGCUAGCCGAUUUGUGUGCAGUAUUUGUAGGGCAAGUUUUGAAGAACAUCAUCAACUUAUCCUGCAUGGAAAUGUUCAUUUCCUUGAAAACAGUCGGUUAACGUGCGACAGACCAAACUGCGGACAGAAAUUCAGAUCUCACUCUGCAUUUGAAAAACAUUUAAAAUCUGAUCAUAGUGUUGAAACCAGUGAAAAUCUAUCCAUUGUGGAUGAUGACCCAAGACCUUACAAGUGUGACCCCUGUGUUACUGCUUUCCGGUUGAAAGGUCAUUUGACAAAACAUUUUCGUUCACGUGCACACUUCAAGAACCUUGAAGCAUUAGCUAAGCUACCUAUUGGAACAUGGGAAAAACUGGAAAACAGAGUUUCUGAGAUUGAUGCCAAUAAUGUUGAUGAGUUCGUAGCAAAGGUUAACAAUUUAGUGCAAAUAGCCUCCAUAGGUCAGGAUAAAUCACAAGGGUCACAAAAGGUCGUGAGCAUAGACAAUGAUGAAGUGUUCAUUGAGAAUGAUGGAACGGAGAAAGUGCGAGUCGAGGUGAAUGAGCAGUCAUUUGAAAUAGUUGCAUUAGAGGAGACAGAGAAAUACAGGGCGUACCCAUUACCUGGUGUGUACGUGGACACCACAGAUGCUCCGGUAUCAGUGGAAGACCUGUACAAGGUGAAACCCCAUAAAUGUGGACUGUGUGGCCGAGGGUUUGAGACCGUAUCUGAACUCAAGAGUCACCUGAUUACACAUGCUGAGUUACGACCAUAUGUUUGUGAAUAUUGUGACGCAGGCUUCACUAACGCCCAGUCCCUGAAGAUACAUCUGUAUACACAUGCCCAGGGAACUCCUUACGUAUGUGGAAUGUGCGGUGAAAAAUUUCCAAAUAUAUCGGACCUAAACGACCAUUGUAGGUGUUCACAUCCACCACCUGGUUUUAAUAAACCUGCAACAAUAGCUGACCCACCAUCACCGGUUUCGGGACAAUUAGCCAAUCAAAAUGCAUCUUUAGUUGCCGUGACAACAGAGAACCUACAGACAGAUUGUCAAAAUUCUUUAAUUGCAAAUACAGAUACUAUUUCAAGUGAAAAGCCAAUGCUUAGCACAGAAGCAGAGACAGUUGUAAAAACCAUACCCCACCCACAUUCACCAACAGCAGAAUUAGUUACUAUGGCAACAGCAGUACAGGUGCCUAAUACAUUAAACUGUCAUACAGACUACACAUUUCAUAGUAAUUUUGAUCCAAAACUACAAGUGGUUACCAUGGAAUCUGAAUCAACCCACGUUGCAGAAGACAGUGUUCUAGAUACUGGCGCAAAUACUGGGCAUUUGGUGAUAUCUGAAAGUUCUUCAUUUACUGCAGAACAGUGUAGCUUAGUUGGAGCCUCUUCUGCAGCUAUUCAAAACAGUCAUUUUAAUGAAACUGUCAUAUAUUUAACAGAAACUUCAUCUCACACAAACAGCGACAUUGUUUCAUAUGCAGAAUCUUUAGAUUUUGGCACUUUGCCAGUUUCACUUGUUUCUACAAUUUCAUCAGACAUUUCAUUAUCGGAACCAUUUUAUGAACAAAGUGUUGCUGAAAAUAUUCAUUUAAAUCAAGACCCGGACCAAACACCAGUGUGUAUAUUGACUGUUGAUACAGAUAGUAUUGAGAAGACAGAUGCAAGUAAUUAUUCUGUUACUAUGGAAACAGAUUCAAAUAUUGCAGAAUCACAGAUGAUAGGUAUACAUGUAGAUAGAUCGAACAUUUGUUUGCCCGAAUCUCAAGAAGAUAAUGUUGCCAUGGAAACUGAAUCUUCUACAAAUGCACCUGAAAUAGGAGAUUCUAUUGAAAGCAAGGAUAUGGAAAUGGACAAGAAUGUACAUGACAUGCCAGAGUUGAAAGAACAAGGUGAUACAAAUGUAGCAGAGAAAAUGGACAUGGAUAUUAAUGAUAAUUCACAAGGAGAUUCGGAAGCUUGUCAUGAACCUGGGGAAAAGUCAGAACAUCUUGAAAAAGAAUUUCAUCUUGAUAAAGAAAUUGUAAUGAUCAAAGAUACAAGUAUGAGUGAACUUAGAACAGAAAAUUUAAAUGAUACAAAGACUGCAGAGUCAGGUGAGAUUAUAUCUGCAGCUAACUGUGAAACUCUGGCUGAUUUACACGAAUGUGUGAAGGAAUCAGAAAUCAGUGAUAAUGUCCAAGAUUUUAAUACUGAGCCGCAAUUGGGUGGUGCAAUACAUGAUAAUAAUGAUGUAAAUGAAGAAAGUGAAUAAGUGGAAGAAUAUGCGAUAUGUAAAAUUAAAUACAAAGAUUCAAGGAUAAAAUUCAUAAAAGAAGUGUUUCACAUUUUUUAAAGAUUUAUUUUGGAAGGCACUUGUAAACUACAACUCAAUGGUAAAAUCUCUUUGUCUGAAUUGGUAUUACUUAUUGUAAAGAAACACACUCUUAGUUAACCUUUAAUCUGCUCAACUUGUGAUAUAGAUAGAUUUGGCUUGCUUUAAUUUAUGGAACAGUCUAUUUAAAGUUUAAGGGGAUUUCGGUAUCAAAAUACAUAACUUUAGCUACUGUUAGUAUAGAGCCAGGUGGUCAGCUAUGAUUGCCGGCAGACUCGGCUAACUACUUGUGGUUAUAGCUAAUUUAUUUCUGUUCCAGCAGGUGAAUUCAUAUUAUGUAUUAUAAUUUAACAUGCUUUGAGUAUGCCACUAAUAGGAAGUCAUACAAGACUGCAUCUGUUAGCUUUUUGAUGUUAUACCGCUUAAAAUAAAAAUGGACUGCUCCAUGUUCAAAGCAAGGCAAGUUGAUUUUACAAAUUUUGGCGCGGAAAGGUU